AAUCGUCCACCAUAUUGCUGAGAUACCAGGAAGAACUGCUGUGCCUUCCGACUUUUCAAGCUGGAUAUCAAAAUCAUGGGAUUGCAAAACUCCAACUCCCAAGAACCCAACCUGGCUUUUACCCAACAUGCACCUCGGCCUUGAAAAGCUCGGGCAAGAUGGCGACUAAAACAAGCAAAGAGAGUCCUCCUCCUUUUGAUUGUCCAACAUGGGCAGGCAAACCACCCGCAGGGCUGCAUCUAGACGUGAUGAAGGGAGACAAACUGAUAGAGAAACUGAUCAUAGAUGAAAAGAAGUACUACCUGUUUGGGAGGAACCCAGAUUGGUGUGACUUCACCAUUGAUCAUCAGUCAUGUUCACGUGUCCAUGCUGCCCUGGUUUACCACAAACACCUGAAAAGGGUCUUUCUCAUAGACCUCAACAGCACACACGGUACUUUCCUUGGACACAUCCGUCUGGAACCACACAAGCCUCAGCAGGUGCCCAUAGACUCGACAAUAUCUUUUGGGGCUUCAACACGGACCUACACCAUUAGAGAGAAACCCCAAACACAAGGAACCGCCGGCACAGGAGACAGCAAGACAGGAGAAGAUGAGGAGCUGAAAGGACUGCUCGGGCUUCCAGAGGAAGAGACAGAGCUGGAGAACCUGACAGAGUUCAACACAGCUCACAACAAGCGCAUCUCCCUCCUGACCAUUGAGGAAGGCAACCUGGAAAUCCAGAGGCCUAAGAGGAAACGGAGGAACUCCAGAGUUACCUUCAAUGAAGAGGAUUGCAUCAUUAACCCAGAGGAUAUAGACCCCUCGGUAGGACGUUUUAGAAAUAUGGUGCAGACUGCUGUCAUCCCCAUCAAGAAACGGAGAUCAGAGGGCCAAAACACUCUGGGUCUUGAUGACUUGACUUCAAAACGCAUCCAUGGCUACAGCUUAAGCAGUGGUCUUUAUGGGGACUUGCCUCCCACUAGUCAUGAGAACCAGCCAACAGGAGCUCCAGGAGGUGCUGCUAUGCAGGGAGGGCUUCCUCUGCCCUUCCCCAACCCAGCACCAGAAGUGGACCUGGCCCCAGAGGCUCCCCAGCCCCCUGUCACCCUCAACCCCACCCCUGUCACAGCCCCUUACCUACCAGAGACCCACAACGAGCCACGCAAAAAGAAGUAUGCCAAAGAGGCUUGGCCAGGCAAGAAACCCACCCCUUCACUACUCAUCUAACCUGUUUCUCAAAACUGCUGACUUUCAGGUUACCAGCAGAUACAUCAGGGACUGUGACCUGGAGGAGGUGGUGUUAUUCACUAUUUUUGGUUGGUUUUGGUUGUGUUACUUACUGUCAUCACAAAAAAGGCACCACACAAUUUCCCUGUAGUCUGUCACAAGGUAUCAUCUAUAUUACUGAAUCAGCAGUUGAUAAGUCAGCCAGAAACCAGUUAAAUCAUUUUUAUUGCAAGCAAAAUUAACAAAUUCACAAAACUUGUCAGUACAUUUAAGCCUCAGAGUGGCAGUGAGUUAUGCUUGUCUGUGAGUGACUGGCUACAUGGAUAUGGGUCAUUGAGUUUUUGAUGUGUUGGAUGUAAAGUUGUAUUUUUUUUUUCUACUAAACAUGUUUCAACAUUUUUUCACUGCUUAAAUAUUUUGAUAAUGCUAUUAAACAAAUGGCAAAAAGUACUUUUAUAUAAGAUAUUUUACUGUGAGAAGUCCGAAAAGUCAGAGAAUCCAGACAUGAAGUCAUGUCUUGAUUAAGUUUCUAUCAAAACACAGGGCUGUUUUUUUAACACUUGGAAAACCUAUUUGAGAUAAUGUGAUCAAGUUUUUGUUUUACUCACCCAAACAUUUUCUUUAUAUAUAUUCCAUCAACUGAAGUGUCUUGCAUUUGUCCCAUUAGCCACUAGAUGGCGACUUGUGCACAAAGGUCAGAAAGAUUUCACUGAGGGCUGGGGACUUGCAGGUACCACUGUGGACGGCCUGUUGAACUAACCUUAACCCCAAACAUGUCCAAAAUCUGCAUAUAGCAUCCCGUGAAAGUGUUGCUGCAAGCUUCAAGUUAUUAUAUAUCAUUACAUUCUUUUGCGGAUAAAAGCCAUUUGCCCUGUCCAAACAUUAUGUUGAUCACAUUUGUCCCUUGACUUUUUCCAGUAUAAUGGAUGGUUUGUUGCCCAUUUUCCCAGCACCAGUAUACUGUAAAUACAAGGAUUUUACAGUUUUCUAUGUCUGGCAAUUGAUUGGACUGCUGUCACGUAGUAACAGAAUAUAGUGGAAUGGAUUCUAGUUCAGUAAUAUACCAGUUUUCCUGCAAAAUAAAAUGUUAGUUAAAACAGAAACAGGUAUGGAUUUAGGAUGUUUUAAUGGUUAUGUAGCAUGUUAACAUCUUUCACAUGCAACAGAGUACAGUGCAGCUUAUAUAUUACAUUGUUAAUAUUUUUUUUGCCCUGAACUGACUUGACAUAGGAACUGUGUCUUUGUGCACAGUAGAAGGAAAAACAUAGUUAGCCGUGUAAAACGUAAUAAACUGGUGGAACUUUACAGUGUAUUCCAAGUUUAAAGGUCCCAUGAAAUGGUGUCAUUACUUUCAUAAUGUGAUGUUCUGUAUUUCCCUUUUUUAAAGUAUUUUAGGGCAUUUUUGCCUUUUAUUUAAAGGACAAUAGAGGAAAUGAAAGAAGACAGAUAGCAAAUGACAUGCAACAAAGAGAACCGGACGUUGCGGUCACAGCAUAUGGUAUGCAUCUUAAGCACAAGGCCACCACACUCCUCCGUAUUUCCUUUUGUAACAGGUUGUGGUAAUGCAUCUAUCUUAGUGUAAACCAAUGGACUAGUAGUUAUGGUAAAAACGCAGGAUGACCUCAUUGUUUGAACUUUUUUUUUAUCCUCUGAUACAGCAUAAGGCCACCACUGAAGAUUCCCUGUUUUUCAGGAAGUUGUCAUUUCAUGGGAUCUUUAAAUUAGCAAAAGUUCAGAUAUCACAAGACGAGGUGUUUCAUUUUUACAAACUGUGCUGGUGACUUUUUGUCCUUGUGGGCAUGUGGAUUUUGUAAUCAUAUGACUGUAAAUAAAAAAUGAAUUACUUUUGACUCAUAA